GUCGAAGCUGGGCAGCUUCUUACGCAGUCUUUCGCUUGGGCCAUGACGUCCGUAUGGUUUCGGUUUCAGACAACGCUUUUGCCUUAUUGUGAUGUGAUUUUUGUUAACGUAUCAUAGACUGACUCGAUUGACAAGUUAAACCAGCGUCAGCGAGUAGUUUCGGUUGACAAUCAGUUAUUAGAAAGGGGAGCAACGCCGCUUCGUAGAGGAGGGUAAGCAAGCAAUACAAAUUAUUUAUAAAAAGUAAUUUCAACGUUGCGGCAAUGUUAUUACUUAGCAGCGUUGGCUGGCUAUUCAUGGUCACAUGCGUCGGAACGGUCUGGAGCUACGAAAAAUCGUACGAAGAACGACGCUUUGCCGCUAGGUACGACGCAUGCAACGAUCAUGCAAAAUUCAUUCUCAAUGUAAAAGACGAUGAUGGAGAUUGUCAGGUUCUCUGCGGACCCUCGAGCGAACCAAAGCUGAUUCGCUUGAAGGAUAAAAGCGUAUGCAGGACGGCUAACAAGAAUGAGCCAGGGCUCUGUAUCGUGGGUGUUUGCAACCCAUCUUCUGGACUCGCUGAUUCUGAACAACACCCAUCUACGGGACGAUCAACGAAAGCUGCCAGAACAACGGUGAAGUUCAUACCUUCCACACUCCCUCCAAUCACUUCGGGUUUCACCUACUCAUGGCAAAAAUGGGCCACGAGUAAGCCUUUUACUGCUGCGCCCGUAUCGACUGGUUCACCUCGCCAGAGCACACUCACGACACCGUUGCCUGGACGCCAGCGUAGCGGCAACGUCGAAAAAACGGCGUGAUCCAUAGCCCGUAAAGGCCUAAUGAUACGAAGUUCGACCAGUUUUUGAUUAGCAGAAAAGAUAUACCUUUCCUAAAGCCCACAGCGUAUACAGUAGAAGCGACAAGUAGUAUAAUAAAAAUGGCAAAUAUCCUGAUUUCGUGUUCUCACCUCUAAGAAGGUGUCAGUUUGAUUUAUCAUAGUAACAUUUUACUACUAUAUGAAGUAAAAUCCUGUUCCUGUGUCGUAGCUUUCAACGACCCGUUUAAACCUUCCACUUUGCGGCAGAAUAAGAAUAAUAUUGACGAGGAUCAACUCGCUUCGAGAAUCCUGAGGCAUAGCCUUGCCUUGGCGAAUUUGGCGCCCGGAUUGCAUGGACGUACGUGUGAGGCAUUUUCGAGUCUACACAUGCCAAUGUUGCUUGACGCACAGUUACUAUUCAAAAAAGGAUUGCGGACCAAAGAAGGUUUAUUAUGAGGCCGAUUCGUGAGCGAUUUAGGUCCUCAAUUGAAGCUGCGAUCGAGAGAACGACAUGACCCUGAGCGGUUCUGUAGGGAAUUGCCCUUUGACGCCGACCGUGGCCCAUGGAGCUCAAACGGGAUCUCCAUCUAUCGAAAUACAGCCUGCCCCAGGUGGCUCAGGGUAUAACCUCUUCUACAGCGCGCCGUCUGGUAGUGGUCCAACGGCAGAACAGCGUCUUGCAUUAUCAAGACUUGUGUCGGCUAGUUCAGGGGGACUAAGCAACAACCCUACGGGAACUCCGAGUGCACGUUCACGAAAACGUCGAAUUCUUUUUAGUCAAGUUCAGAUCCUCGAAUUGGAACGACGGUUUCGCCAACAGCGAUACCUCUCAGCACAGGAACGAGAACAGCUAGCCAGUAUCAUACAACUCACGCCGACUCAGGUAAAAAUCUGGUUUCAAAAUCAUCGCUAUAAAUGCAAGAGGAUGGCUCGCGAAAAAAUACUUAAUAUUGGCGGCCAUAGUGACUCCAACACUCCUAUGUCGCCGGUUUCUGCCACAGGAUUACAUCCACUGCCAGGAGCUUUGUCAACUCCUUUGCCGUAUAAUACGUCAGGUCAGCCUAGCGUGCUAGAGGAGAAAAAGUCUUUGGCGCUGAUGCCCGUUUUGUUCAAAGAUUUGCCACAUUCAGGACAACAGUCAAAAGACAACACUGUUCUGAGGGAUUCCAGAGAUCCCAGAACUAUCAGCGCUGCACCGUAUGCUAGGACACCUAUAACUGCACCACACGUUUCAGGUUUAGCGGAUCACUCUGGAGGACUUCAAUUUUAUCCUCGAAGCGUGUUCUCUACAGGAGGUUCUAGCGCACUACCAAACAAAGAACCCCCAAAUGCCUCUGCUGGACCAAUGUUCGGUCAUCAUAAACACUGGUGAUAUGGAGCGCUAUACUCGCUGACGAAUUCUGAGCUUCGAUUUUCAAUUGCACGUUCAGUUACGUCAAUUUCGGGCCACGAUGUUAUACAAAAGAGUUGACUUAACCAAAAGCAUUAUCCUCUUUAAAACGGCUUUGUGACGAAAAUAUUGCCACUAUUACAGUUUAUACAACUAGAAGAUUUGAUGGAAUUUUUUUUUUCGUCGGGCAUGUUGUUUGUCUAGUGAAAACCAACAAGGGAAAUAACUAGUUUGUGAGAUGAAUCUAAAAUACACAGGAACUUCGCGCAUCUAAAUCUUCAUAUCAUAUUGUGUCGCAAACAAGUGUGCCCAAUACCUGUGGCAGAAAAUACCGUAUAACGGAUUGAAGGCGUACAUUAGUUUCUAUAAAAGUGACAUUUCGCAAAGUUAAGGGUGUUCCUAGUCGCAAACGGACGAAGUAAGUGCAUCGUACUGCGUUGAUUUGAACGUUCAUUUGCCAUUCGCUGGUUGGAACUCACACAAAUUUCUACUGCAGAGUGCUGACUAAUAACCUGCUACAGCAGCGCCAUGUUUUGCUAAUUACUAAUAAAUAUUCCUCCGUAAUAACCUGAAAAAUAUUGCUCGAUAACGUUCCAAAGUCCAAAGUAAUGGUACCUAACACUUUUUCAGAAAUAAAACGUCUAUUCGAUUAAAAACAUAUUGAAAAUUUGACAAAAAUUUAAGGCUAUAACAUGUACAUAUUCUGAAGUAUUGCACCUAAACGAGCCACAAUCGUAUUUUAUUAACUUUCUAAUUCUAUCAAAAUUUUUGGUUAGAUAGACUUCUGUGUUCAGAAUGAUGACAUUGUUAAAUCUGUUAAUGUUAAGUUAAUGUGGAAGUAAGUAUUUCACUUACUUUAUGUAUGCGUUUUAAAGCUACUGUUGAAUAAUUUAUUGAGAAAAAGUAAAGAUGUUCGAUGAAAAAAAAAUUAUGCUCGCUUAAAUAUAGCUACCACUACGUAUAUUGUUAGGUAAAAUGCUAAAAUAUCACGUUUUAUCCAUCUUUAUUCACACGGUCUUGUGUACGACAUCCCAUGUUCACCUCUGAUACAUUCGUUUUUUUAAAAAAUCCAUGUAAAAACAGCAGGUCGACACAUCCAUAUUAAUAAGAACUUGGACAUCAUGUCUCGACGGCACAGGAAGUGCUUCGGAAUGUUCGUAUAAACACACACACUGUACAUCAAUUGUCAAUCUGCCUGUGCUAUUUACAUGUCUAUGUACACUUAAUUACUGAUCAUUACAUUAUUGGGGAAAGCUGCAUUUGAAUAGCGAAAAUUUUUCGAGAAUGAUAGAAAUGCGCGUGCCGCAUAAAAAAGUGCGAUCAAUGUACGCGUAUAAAAAAAAAAAACCCUUAUUUCGAUAUAAACACUAUCUAUAAUCCGACAAAAAAAAAAAAAAAAAACUAUCGGUAUAUGAAACUGGACGUCAUUUAUACUCAGCUGAACUUAAAAUACCGUUGUUAUACCAUUAGCGUCAGAUAAUCAGUUUUCUGAAAAUGUACUGCUCUGAAAGACGCCCUUUUGUAGAGCACGAAACCGUCGCUAAAUUACGAUGGGUUAAUACCUUAGUAAGUACGUAAUUUUGUAACGAAAAUUCAUGUUUUGUUCUUUUCGUAAAUGUGUAGAAAUUUAUAAUUAAUUUCAGAUUUUGCGGCGCGUAACACUACACAGAUAUCAUCAAAUUUGUAUGACCGAUUGGUCAGGUCCGCGAAUACCUUAAAAAGUUUCGCUCGCAGAGUUGUUACUUGUUUUUGAAUGUUUUAUUCAAAAAAACGGCCUAUCCAAUAUCGUAGGCACUCAACACAUUAAUGGCUCGAAAAAUAUCAGUGUCCUAAAAACGCUGAACAUUAUACUACGUAGGAAGUAAGAAAUACAAGUUAUCUUUCAGAAUAUUUACGUGUGUUUCCGUUGAAAUAGAAAUACAUAAAUCGGUCUAGCUCACCGUCUUUCGCGUAAACCUCAGGACAUUUUAUUUGUAAUAAAUAUGCGUCCCUUCUCCUUUCAACUGCGAUGUAAAAAUGUGUUAUCUUCUGCAAGUAACGAGCGUGACUAGAUAAAUUCAUGGCCGCCGCCAUUUCCGCAAGCUUAUUUUCAGAGGGAGCCUUAUGUUAACAUGAUGAGUAACUGUGGCUUUCCUUGUAAAAUAUUCUGUCCCCUAUAGUCAACAGCAUUAGGGCAAAGUUGCAUUGUUAUAAGAGUAAGUAAAGCGGUGACGGCGGACAGGGGUGACAGUUGCGUGAGUGUAAAGGGCAAUAGAAUCAACCGAACGCGUUCAUGUCCGGACAGGACGAU